AUGCUUCUGCAGCUUGCGCUGGCUUCCAUGGCCCUUGCCGCCCCAACAAUGCACGUCGAGAAGGCUAAUGCAUGGCAAUACGGCACUGGUGGUGGUAUCGUUGGUUUCGUCGUCCUCAUUCUUGACCUGAUUGUCAUCAUCGAGGUCCUGCAAUCUACGCGGCCAGUCUCCCACAAAGUCGGCUGGAGUCUUCUGAUCUUCCUCUUCCCUAUCAUCGGAAUCAUACUCUACUGGCUCUUCUCCAACCGAGAACAACACAAGGCAGCUGGAGGUUACGAGGCUAUUCCAUAG